AAUCGUUGAAAAAGCUGGUUAAUUUUAGGCAGCCGCUGCAUGCAAAACAUGCCAUGAAUAGGUAUAUAUAAGAUGAGACUACGCGCCGGAGGCUCCGCCGUUGCGCUCCGCUCGAUCCGUCGCGUCCUGUUGUCCGUGGCCAACCCUUCACCUCUCAUCCCGGGGAAAAUUUGGCCCCACAAACUCUAGCGCGACGGAUCACAAGCGAGGGCAAAAUUUUCUAGGCGACUCCGGCUGAAGGGAACUGCGGUAUCAUGUCGGACGACACCGGCCGCACUCUACCCAAGUUCGGCGAAUGGGACGUCAACAACCCGGCCUCCGCCGACGGGUUCACGGUUAUCUUCAGCAAAGCCAGGGAUGAGAAGAAAGCCCCCCCGGCCAAAGGCCAAGGAGGCCACAUCAGCAACAGGUCGGCGGACAUGAAGGACUCCAGGGCCGACAAGGUGACCUCCUACAACUCCAGGAACAACGCAUCGAAGAAAUGGUUCUGCUGCGUCUCGCCCAGUCCCACACAAUCCUGAGGAAGCUAAUGAGCCGUGCAAUGCAGAACGAAGAGGAAUGCAAUGCUGCAGCUUGGUGUCAUUCUGUGAUGGCUAUGUGUAGCUCUGUUGCUGGCAGGCUGCCCAUGAGCUCUUCAGAUUCGGGUCCUGCCAGCCAGUGACACGUGCUCUAUGUGUAGCCGUUUCAUCAUAUAAGAAAUUACUCUGAUGAGUAAUGCUUAUGGCGUUCUAUUAAUUUUGGUUUGAUGUCUCGGCUUUCUAGCUUGUGUUUAACUACGAACUUCACGAUUGCCAAAGGUUGUAAGUGCCAUAGCUGUGCAAUCGAAGCAACCUCGGAAGCCUCAAAA